UGGGAGGUUAUUUUUCCCUGGCACAAGUAAAACCCUUUAACUGACUGGCCCUGCUCCCUCCGUGGCAGAACGAUGACCUCGUCACAGAGGGCCAGGCUUUCCCAGCUGCGGCAGGAGGCGGUUCUGUCUCUCAUUUCCGACUCGGCCCACGAUCUGAGGCCAGCCGUGGAGGAAAUGGUCACCUUGCCCCUCCCACUUUCGGAAAAAUACCAGGAAAUUGACGCGGAAAAUAUCAUCCGGGUAAACGCUGCCAACAAACCACAGCCGAUGGAUGUUCUGCCCGCGGUCUCCACUGCUCUCAACAUCCUGGAGAAGUACGGGCGCAACUUGGUGAACCCAAGCAAACCAAAGUACUGGAGAACCGUCAAGUUCAACAACCCGGUCUUCAAAACCACUGUCGACCCUAUACAGGGCGGGCGCAGUGUGCUUCUCUUGUAUGGAUACUCGGAGCAGCAGAAGGACGGGCUCAGUUUCCCGGAGGGAGUGCAGAGCCCCGAGGCCAGCAAGGUGGCAGGAGUCACUGUGGAGGUCAUGAUGCUCAGAGUGGAGCUGGAGAUGCUGAGCAAGAACACGCACCCCCGCCCGGAGGUUUUCAGCCAUGUACUUCAAGCCGGCGUCCAGCAGGGGGCAGGAGAGGAGUCUAGAGAGGAUUUCGGGGGAUUGAUUUCCUAUACUGUCCCGUUGGUUGCAGAAAGCGGGGUCACAGGGAUCCCCCAGCCUGUCACCCCAAAUCCUGUUGCCACUGUGAGCCCCUCUCCAAGUCUGUCAAUGACAACCUUGACAGGGCCUGUCAGUGCAGCUCUCCCUUCCUCUCAGGACUGCAGCGUGUGCGGAGAGCCCUCCUCUCUCUCCUGCCCCCCCUGCGACGGGAAACUGUUUUGCGAGACGUGUGACCAAGUCUUCCACCGACACCCCGCCCGAGCCAAUCACAAGAGAGGGGCCAUCAGACAAGAAACCUGCACCAUGUGUGGCGUCAGCGCAGUCUCUGCCCACUGCCCCACCUGUGUCCAAUCGCUGUGCUCGGAAUGCGACGCACGGUUCCACAUGCACCCUGGGAGGGCGUCGCAUAAGCGCAUGCCUGUGGCGCUGCCUCGCAAUACCAGAAUCCCCGGCUCUCCGAGUCUCUUCUCACUCCACUCUUCCUCCAGCCCUCCUAAAGUUCUGAGGCUGAGAUCUCUGGAGGAGACCGGGACCCCCUCCUCUCUCCUGCCCCCCUCCCAGUCCCCCUCGCUCUCCCAGUCUCUCUCCCAGCGUUCCCACUGGCAGUGCGUGGCCUGUCCCACGCUCAACGAGGCCCGCGCGGUGCUGUGUGUGGGCUGCGAGCGCCCCAGAGCCUGCAAGAAAGCGCCCCCUAUCACCCCGGAGGACAAACUGCAGCACAUCUCAGGCCCCCUGGCUCAACAGUGGAGCUGUCAGGCCUGCACCAUGCUGAACCUGGGUUCCAGUGUGCUGUGCCAGGCCUGCGAGAGGCCCAGGCUGGCUGCCAGACCCUCUCUGCCAGCCAUCUUUCCACUGCAAGACCCUGGUCUCACCCCGACUACCAACUUGGAGAAAACAGCCACAAAGCCGAACUGGAUUUGCAGUCACUGUACCUUCCUAAACACCAACCCUGGGAGAAUCUGUGACGUGUGUGAUAGAACGAGCCAGCACCCUGACCCCGCCCCUGCCCCGCCCUUGCCACGCCCACCAGGGGAUGUGCCGGUCCAAGCCACGCAGCAGCCCCGCCCACUCCUGGAACCCAAGGAAAUGCCUCCCCAGCCCUUGCUCCUCCCACUGGGAGGAGCACCGAGCAGAGCCACGCCUACUGGGAAGAAAGGCCCACCCCUGGCAGCGCCGGCCGCCUCCCUCUCCUCUCAGGAUGAAGCUGAUUGGCCCAGGCAGGAGGCGAUGAGGGAAGAGGGGCUGAAGCUGGUUAAAAUGAUCAGGGAGGCGGAGUCCAGUGGAUUCUCUCCUGAGCAGGUAUUCGCUGCUGUCCGUUACUCCGGCACGACGGAGCCCUGUGAUUGGCUGCGCUCCGAGCUGCCUCUGGUUCUGGACGCUCUGACCGAACUGGCGACCUCCGACCUGCAGGGAGCGCGCCUCUCCAGACAGGAGGCCGUCACGGCUUGGGAGGGGGCAGGGGGAGACCUGGAGAGAGCUGUGAAGGAUGCAGUGAGGCAGAGGAGGGCCAAGAUGCGUUCCCUGCGCUCGCUGGGUUUCCAUGACGACGCGGAGCUGGUCUCAGCUCUGCAGGUGAGCGGGGGGGAUGUUGGGAAGGCCAUCGUGGAGCUGCAGCGCCACCUGUUGGCCCCCUUCCACCAGCGCGUGUGGAGUGAGGAAGGGGAGGGAGACCCUGAGCUCACUGACCCCGACAAGCAGAAAGUACUCCGUCGUUUGCUUGCAGUUUACGAGCUGGCCAGCUGGGGGCGAGCGGAGCUGGUGCUGAGCCUGAUGCUGGAGCAGGGCGGCUCCACCUACUGCCUGGAGGACGUAGUGCAGGCGGUGAGGGAGUCUGCGGACCGAGACUUUAUCAAGAGGAUGCUGAGCACCGAGUGUGCUGUGUGUUUCGCUGACUUCCCUCAGAACAGGCUGCGCUCCCUCACGUCCUGUCAGUGCACGGUUUGCUCAGAUUGUUUCCAGCAGCACUUCACCAUCGCGGUGAAGGAGAAGCACAUCAGUGACAUGGUUUGCCCCAGCUGCUCCGCUCCGGACAUCAGCGACGAGGCAGAACUCAACAGCUACUUCUCAACACUGGACAUACAGCUGCGAGAGUGUCUGGACGAGGAUGUCUACCAGCUGUUCCACAAGAAGCUGACGGAGAUCGUUCUCAUGAAGGACCCCAAGUUCCUCUGGUGUUCUCACUGCUCAUAUGGUUUUAUCUAUGAGGGGGACCAGUUGAAGGUGACCUGUGUUCAGUGCAGGAAGAGCUUCUGCUGCAAGUGCAAGAAACCGUGGGAAGACCAGCACCAGGGUUUGAGCUGUGAGGAUUUCCAGAGCUGGAAGAGGGAGAACGACCCCCAGUACCAGAAGGAGGGGCUGGCCGGGUACCUGAAAGACAACGGCAUCAAAUGUCCGAAGUGUCGCUUCAUGUACUCUCUCUCCAAGGGGGGCUGCAUGCACUUCAAGUGCACUCAGUGUCACCACGAGUUCUGCAGCGGCUGCAACAACCGCUUCUACCCAGCCAAUUCUAAGACCCCCUGCCAAGUCCCGGACUGCACCCUCAAGGCCACGAUCCACGCCCAUCACCCGCGCGAUUGCUUGUUCUACCUGCGCGACUGGGAUGUGGAGAAACUGAGAGAGCUGCUGCAGAGAAACCAUGUGGCAUUCAAUACUGACCCUCCCCCAGGGUCCCAAGCAGGUAGCUGUCGUGUAAUGAUGCAGAAGGAGACGGUCGACCGCUUGGUUGACGAACCCUGUGAAAAGGACACCCCUGCUGGUCACGCUGGGCUCUGCGGAAGUCACUACAAGGAAUACCUGGUCAGUCUGAUCAAUGGCCACUCCCUUGACCCCGCCCCCCUCUAUGACCUCAAAGAACUGGAGACGGCCUGCAGGAGAUCCCAAGUGGAAUGUGCUAGAAUAGAGGGGGAGGCCGAUGGACCGUACCAAGCUCGAAUUCUAAAGAAAUUGGUGGACACCAUUCCUCUGGGAGAUAAAGUUCCUCGUCAAAAAUAAUCUGCAAAAAAAUAACAGACAUGUUUCAGCGCUGCUUGAAAGCGAUUUACCAGACUAGUGGGGAUAGGCUGAGUUUAGAUUAGUUUUAGUUUCACAGGCAGAUCUGAACAGUGCAGCACUGGUAGAAAGAGAGAGAGACCCAAGUAGAGCAGACUCGAUAAUAAAUAAUACAGCAGCACAAUUAUUACACUGAAAUCAGGGGGCUGACAAUCAGGCGUGAGGCUCGCUGGAGCGUAUCGGGGGGGCUGAUUCACCGCUCAGAGUGAAUUCAGAAACAGCUGCUUGGGUUUGUGUGGGUCGCUGUUCUCCGUAGAGUCUGAGAAAAAGCUGCGAUCGUCACAAACCCAAGCAGCUGUUUCUGAAGUCACUCUGAGCGGUGAAUCAGCCCCCCCGAUCCGCUCCAGCUAGCCUCACACCUGAUUCCAGCGGAGAGGCUGUGGAGUUUUGAAAGACAUGUGUCACAACAUCUUUUUUAAAACACACACUGGGUUAAAGAAAUUUCUCAGCUUGCAUGCCUUACUUUCAGCCUGUCCUGUGUACAACUAGAGAAGCACUCGUCCGAGUUGUGAAUUGAAACUUUCCCAGCAUCUUCUUCAUUAUCAGAUGUUGAGAGUGCUGUCUGAUACUCGUCAGAUCAGGUUUGAUCUCACGCUUCGCUACAUUUUGAUCGAAUGUCUUUGCAAUUAUUAUUUUUUUUUUUUGCUUUGAUCUGUUAUCUGUGUAAUCCUAACACCGCGGGGUGUAAAAUCAUCAAAAAAUAAAUAUAAUAAUGCACUAAAAAA